AUGUCCUUCUCUCAGUUUGGAUACCCGUAUAGCAGUGCUUCUCAGUUUUUAGUGCCAGCCAACCCCAGCACCACUUGUUGUGAAUCGGCGCCUCGCUCAGCCCCAGUCCCGGAUGGGUCCACCGGCUCGACACAGGCCUCCACCCUCUGCUGCCAACCUUACGAGAACCGACUCCUGAGCAGUGCGCGCCCGGAGCUCGGCACAGCCCUAGGAGUUUACGGCUCCCCUUACGCAGCCGCUGCUGCGGCUGCUGCCGCAGCUUCAUCCCAUGGCUACUCCAGCUACCUGCCCUACAGUCCAGAGCCUCAGGCUCUCUACAGCGCUCUGAACCCUCAAUAUGAACUCAAAGAGACAACAGGCAGCUUCCCUGCUGGACUGGCUCAGCCAGGAGCCUACUACCCCUAUGAACCAUCCCUGGGGCAGUAUCAGUAUGAGAGGUACAGCUCUGUGGACUUCAGUGGCUCAGCCAGGCGCAAGAAUGCCACCAGAGAGACUACUAGUACUCUGAAGGCCUGGUUGUAUGAGCAUCGAAAGAAUCCAUACCCCACCAAGGGUGAGAAGAUCAUGUUAGCUAUUAUCACCAAGAUGACCCUCACUCAGGUCUCUACCUGGUUUGCCAAUGCUCGGAGACGCCUCAAGAAGGAGAAUAAGAUGACCUGGUCUCCCAAGAACAAGGCAGGGGAAGAGAAAAAGGAGGAGAGGAGGGGAGAAGAAGACAGCUAUGGAACAAAUGAAGGCAAAGAUACAAAAGCCUGCAAAGAGACCAAGCAGUUACGGCUAAGUGAUCUGGAAGACUUAGAGGAAGAAGGUGAGGAAGAGGAGGAAGAAGACGAAAUGGAAGAGCAGGUCCGAGAGAACGCUGUGGACAAACUGGAUAGGCUAGGAAAGGAUGGGAAGCUAGAGUCAGCAACCAAUUUCGAAGUUUCACAGACUGAGCUUGAAAAAGAAGACUGUAACCUGAAGCAGCAGGGAACUCCACCUGAGUUCCCUUGCAAUAACCCUCCCUGCUCCCGGGGAUCGGAAUUUUUGGAAGCCUGGAUGGGACCAGCAGGCCAGAUUCACUGUGGGCCCAGUGAGAAGCCCCGGAUCUGGUCUCUGGCUCACACUGCUGGGGCCAGUAUCCUAGCGGGACAAUCUGAGGUCCAGGCAGGGCCUCAGAGUCCUCCCCACCUGCAGGCCCCCGGAAGACUUUCCUCUUUGGGCCAGGGCUGUGAAGCUUCAGCCUUAGCUGGCAUGAGAGUGCAGGCCAGCCGCUGCAUGGUGUUAGAGGAGCCACCCCAGGCAGCCAAGAUCUUUAGAAAUUCGACUUUCAACCUGCAGCAUUUGCAGCUGAACUGCGCCUCUUACCCGGGGCUGGGAGAACCCUGCCAAUAUGCAUCUGGAGCUGAAGCAGGUUAGCGCAAGAGUUGAGAUUUGACGAAGAACCUUGGGAACCGUUCGGUUUACCAAAGCGCGCCCCUAAGCAAGCCCAGAGACUAAGACACACCAAAGGCAGGUUUUCUCUGCCUCAGAAAGAGAUGGACAAACAUGCUGUGGCUAGCUUCUCCCAGUCCUUUCACUGAGAGCUGGGAGCAGCCUGCAAAUGCACAGCUUUCGGAAUAAAUGCACAGGCUGAAAGCGUUUGGAAGGAGAGCAAAGAAGGGACUAAGCGAGGUGGUCUCAAGCAUGGGACCGUUGGUUUCUCAAAGUAGGAAGGGGAAGCGUUCAUCUUUUCCUUCCGUCCUCCUUCCCCUUGUCCAUCACAGUUUAAAGCACCGAAACUCCGAAUCCCCAAAUGUUCUCAUUUCACCGACAGUGGUCAACUAGUCCACCCUCGCCAAGCCGAUCUUAAUAUUCUCCACUUGGAUCCUCAGAAACAAACACAAAAAGCCCAUUUGCUUUUUCUUUGGUAAAAUAUAUUUACAAACUCUUCAGUCUGGGGCUUGGGAAGCAGAAGAAGGGAAUGUUUCCAGCUAAGGAAACCUGAACGAGGGCUCACUUGAAGCAGACGGCUUUAAAACCUCCCCAAAGUCAGGCGGGAGGGUCUCCAAGUGCCCCUUCAGACCCUGAAAGGCGCGGACAGGAGUAACGGGAGAGGACCUUGUUGGAGUUCAAACUCAGCUUCGCCCAUCAUGGAGUCUGUCGCCUCUGCUAGCCCUGGCUGCCCCGGCCACUCCUCGUUCGCCCCCCUCCACCCCAGGAACUGAACCCCAACGAGACAAGCCCUCUGAGCGGCAGCCAAGGGCGAAGCAGGGCCGGCUUAGUGGGUCAGCGCCCUCCAGGAGCCAGGGACCCGGCUCUGCGAGAAGUAGGGGAGGGAAAUCUAAAGAGGGAGGCAGGAGCUCAGCAUUGUUUCUGUUUAAUGGUGUGGCAGCAAACAUUUUCUGUUCGUCCUAAUAAACGGAGAGGGGGCGAGGAAAGAAAGAAGCUUUGUCCCCUUUUCCAGAACCAUGAACACGCAGUUGCUUCAAUUAACAAUGAGGGUUAAUGAAAGCGUCGGCCCCAAGGACAUGCUUGACACCAACUCUCCUUUUGGUCCUCGGGUCACAGACAGCCCUUUGAGGCCAAUAGAUUAGCUGACAUUCUGUGAGUGAGCGAGAUCACUACAAAAAAAAUCGAGAACGGAACCUGGAGGGGAGCGCCCAGGCAAGUUUGGAAGUUUCUCAGUUGCUACGAGAGAGUGGGAGA